UGCGCUUCAAUUCUAACCUAGCUGAUCCAACUUCACCCAGCCGGGCAUUAAAUAGCGCAAAAAAAGCAAAAAUUUAUGGGAUAUACGAUGAAGGUAUCCACUUUGAAGAAGAAGAGCUAGAAAUCUAAUCACAUAGAAUAAUGAACCCUCCUGGCUUGUCAUCGGGAGGAUUAGCCUCGACAGAUCAAAAUGAAUCCCAAGAUUUAGAACUGACGCAGAGCAAGAUAUUCAGUCAAAUUAAAUCCAACAUUGACGUUCAGAAACAACAGAAAAAUCUUGUCAAGGACUUGCACCUUAAGCGAGUAAAAUCGUUGCGUAAGGAAUUGGAUUACCUGAAGGCCACCGAGUGGAGAUAUCAUCGACCGACAGAAAGAUAUUAAGUAAAAAUGGUAUCCUUGUUAUACGGUGUAUUUAAGCAAAUGCUUGGUUUCUCUGAGCCUCCGGAGCCAGAUUUAGCUGAUCUGAUACAACAGUUGGAGGGCGAUCAGAAUGUGAAUCUAAACAACUGCGAUAAUCAAGAGAUAACUGAAGAAGAAAUAGAAGGAUGUUUUCACAAAACUGGUAUCGUAACGGAAAUUAGGUCCGAAUACUUCAUAAUAGACGAUAAAUAUGAAUGCCAGAACGUAAAUGCUUCUAUCGGAGAAAUCCGAGUCGGAGUCAAAGUCUAUUACCUGGCGUUCCAGAGGACAAAGAAUGAGGAGAUGAAGAUAAAAAAAAUUUUAUCAAUCAUUGAUGACGAGUGGGAUAAUGAAGUGGCAACUUUAACCGAAGAUACAGUAAAAUCCCAAAUGCUGAAACGAGUUAUUGUUGGAAAGGUCAUGCGCAGACAGCAGAGGAUGGUUUUCGUUGAGCCUGGCCAAAUUUCCUUCAGCCUUGACGAAAUCACUGCUGAAUUUUUGCCUAUCGUCGGAGAUUGGGUCAAGCUUCAAACCAUAGUGGCGGUUGACGAUAACGUCGUAGAUUUUAGCGGAGAAGUUCUUCAGGUUGACAAAAUCUUUCCUCUAAGGUCACAACUCGCCACUGGUGUCGUAUCCGCCUAUGACGUCAAAUCUGGUUCUGGUACUAUAGAACGUAACAUAGUUUUCAACAAAUCGAACUGUGAGCCUGGAUAUAUUCCGUGCAUAGGCGAUAAAGUCGUCGCGGAUAGCAUCGAAAGUGAUCAAGGAAUGUACACGUGGAGGUCACUGUCGGUAGUUCCGCUAAUGCAACAGGCAUCGCAAAGCAAACUGCUUGAUAAACAGGCUCAACGAGAAACUGUAAACGGAAAGCAAGAAACUUUUGGAGAAGAAAAAUAUGGGAUAGUUGUCACGACCGAUUUGACGUUCGAUUUGCAAUUGCUUGAAAAGAGGGAUAUUUCGGUAGAGAUAAAAAAUAAUGGAUCUCACCCACAGACGUUGCUCAAAGGAUGUUUUCUGUCAAAAAAAUCUAUGUCGCAAUUGACUUUAUUACAACCAAAAAUAGAUACUGCGUCAGUAUUGCAGCCCUCGGAAUCGCUAACAUAUAUAUUCAGAUGCCAGGCAAAAUUUGUCGGAUAUUCGGAAGAAAUGUUUCUGUUCAUUUUCAAACACCUGAAAGUACGUCGUACCUUCCGCUUCAAUGUUAGUUUGAAAAACUCUGUGAAUCAUAAUGUGCAAAGCGGCGAAAGUGCCACGGGAAACAAAAUUUACAAGCAAAAUGAGUUCGAUCCAUCGACCUGUGUUGCUGGAGUGAGAACCUGUCAAGCACCAAAGUUUAUUACUGUGAGGCCGGGGAUAUUCAAAACUCCCCAACGUUUAUGGGAUGUGGUAUUGCGCUUAGAAAAUGAUAAAAUACCUUUUCGGAGCGGCGUUGUGGCAAUAGAAGAAACUGUGCCUUGCUUAUAUGAAGAAUUGACAUUUCAAAAUUACAAAGAUCGAUUUCACAAUCUGUUGUACUUGGAAAGCAUAGCCGAUUCCAUAGCUUUACAACGAUACGACAUUAGCAGUACAGUCUUGAGAUUUUGUGGAGAAUUUCUUGCCCUUGCAGUGCCAGGGCUAGCAGAAAAACGACCCUCGCUGUUAGUUGGAGACAGAGCCAUAGUUUCCUUCAAUUGGGACUCCAGCAAAGGUGAAACAAAGUACGAAGGAUGCAUUCACGAGGUAAAGAACUCGGAGGUUUUAUUGAAGUUCAAUCCAUCUUUUCACGAAAAAUAUAACGGCGAACGAUGUGAAGUAACAUUCAAGUGCUCCCAAACAUCGUCAAGUCGUUGUCAUACAGCCGUCAACUUGUCGAUAAAUCAUUUAGGAAAAGAGUUUUUAUUUCCAACAAGAAUUGUACCCAAACCACCGCAAUUGGAACUUUUGGAAACAAGUGACGAUGAAGAAUCCAGAAACAGUACGUUUGUGCGACAAAAUGGUGUUACUCCAGACCUGAAGCCAAAUGUGCAGGCCUCUUCUAAGACUGGAGAAGCUGAUUCGUGUGUUUCGCAAAUAAAGAAACGCAAAUUGGUCUGGUUCAAUAGGGCGUUGAAUUAUUACCAGAAAGAGGCUGUGCGUAACAUUUUGCAGAGUCCAGCCCACCCGUUGCCUUACGUCAUAUUUGGGCCACCAGGAACAGGAAAAACAAUAACUCUUUGCGAGACGAUAUUGCAGAUAUUCAAAACCAUACCUGAAAGCAGACUGUUGGUUGCAACACCUUCGAAUAGUUCGGCCAAUCUGAUAUCGGAAAGACUUUUAGACAGCGGAGUUUUGAAACCGGGUGAUUUGGUCAGAUUGAUAGGGUUUCAUUGCACCACAGAUGGUUCAAUUCCGCAAAAACUAAUCCCGUAUUGCGCUGUGGGUGACUUGGCUCGAGAGGGUACUCGAAAUACUCCUGAACACUAUGCCAAUGGCAUAAGACCGAGCUGCAGUGCAAGUGUUUUGGGACGGCACAGAAUCACAGUUGGUACUUGCAUCUCGUUGGGUAUACUGCACAACAUGGGCUUUCCUCGAGGUCACUUCACCCACGUCUUUGUCGACGAAGCUGGACAAGCUACAGAGCCAGAAAUAUUAGUGCCAUUAAAUUUCAUUCAUGCCGAUACCGGGCACGUAGUUUUGGCUGGAGACCCAAUGCAGCUUGGACCUGUCGUCCAAAGUAAAUACGCAUCGCAUUUUGGACUCGGGUUAUCUUUUCUAUCUCGGUUGCUUCAGCGGUUCCCUUACCAAAGAGACUUGGAGGGAUUCAAGAGGGGCUAUGAUCCACGACUAGUUACUAAACUCAUUAUGAACUAUCGCAGCUUGCCAGAAAUUCUCGAACUUCCGAAUUCGUUGUUCUACGAUUCUGAGCUCGAAGCGCAGAUUACAACGCAAGGAAAAGAGGGCGACUUGCUCACCUCAGUCGCUAGUGAUUUGCCUGAACGCGACGAAUUUCCUCCUGCGAUAGUUUUCCAUGGCGUUCUCGGCGAGAAUUAUCAGGAUCAAGACAGCCCGAGCUGGUAUAAUCCGGAAGAAGCUGCUCAGGCUUACUUUUAUAUACUAAAACUUUACAGCCAUGGGCUUGAUCCUGACGAUAUUGGGAUUAUAGCACCUUACACGAAACAAGCUCGUCAUAUUCGGGAUUUGCUUUCGGAGAUGAAUACAACAUUGCCAAAAGUUGGCAGUGUGGAAGAGUUUCAAGGACAAGAACGAAAUGUUAUUAUUCUAUCGGCAGUCAGAUCGAUAAGCGAUCUAGUCCAAGAAGAUGUUAAACGAUGUCUUGGUUUCAUCGCUUCUCCACACCGUUUGAAUGUCGCUAUUACCAGGGCUCGAGCACUACUGAUUAUUCUGGGAAACCCACAUUUAUUAUCACAAGAUCCUUACUGGAGAACAGUGAUUACGUAUUGCAUUGAAAAGAAUUCUUACACUGGCUGUGACUUGGGUUUGUCAACGAUUAUCAAUGAGUAGUGCAGAUCAAUUUUUUUUCUUAACUGUAACUGUACAUCUAUGAUUUAUUAUAUACGAGAUGAAGAAAAUGUUCCUAAAAGUUGUCUAGAUAUGUUAGUUAGAAUAGUGCUAUUAAAAUAUACAAUUUUUAACUUUUUAAAGUGAAC